AUGGGCAGCAGGAAGGUGCCUUUCUCCUUCCCCACAGCCCGCUUGGUCUUCUUCAUCCUCAUCGCCUCCACCAUCUUCCACUUCCAGCAGCGCCCAGGGAGGGCCCACCCUACUCCUGUGCAGGAGCUGACAUCCAACACAGAAUGGUUGAGAUUAGGAGAUGUUGGCAGAGCCAUGGGCAGCACCACACAGGGGACUUUCUCCUACCCCCUGGCACACGCCAUCCUCUUCAUCUUCAUCGCCUCCACCCUCUUCCACAUCCAGCGGCGCCUAGUGAGGCUCCAAACCAGUAGUGGGCAGGAUGAGCAGAUAUGGGUGUCUCAUCCAGGCAUGGAGACCCUGGCAGGAAGGAAGAAGCCCAUGAGCCAUGCCCAGCUAGACAUGUGGACCAUUAACUCCCUCGGCCGCCUGGGGAACCAAAUGGGUGAGUACGCCACGCUCUACGCCCUGGCCAAGAUGAACGGACACCCAGCCUUCAUCCCUGCUCCAAUGCACAGCAUGCUGGCCCCCAUCUUCAAGAUCAGCCUCCCAGUGCUGCCCAGCGUCAUGGAGCGCAGAGCCCCCUGGCACAACUACCACCUCAAUGACUGGAUGGAGGAGCGUCACCGGAACAUCACCGGCCUCUAUGUGCGCUUCACAGGUACACCCUGCUCCUGGACUUUCUACCACCACCUGCGCCCCGAGAUCCUGCAAGAGUUCAGCUUGCAUGAGCACGUGCGUGAGGAGGCCCAGGCUUUCCUGCGGGGUCUGAGCGUGAAUGGGAGUCAGCCCCGCACCUUUGUAGGGGUGCAUGUGCGCCGGGGAGACUAUGUCCAUGUCAUGCCAAAUAUGUGGAAGGGGGUGGUGGCCCAUCGGGGCUACCUGCAGCAGGCCAUGGAUCGGUUUCGAGCCCGGUUCGAAUCUCCAGUGUUUGUGGUCACCAGCAACGGCAUGGCCUGGUCUGUGCUACACAGCCCAGCAGCCACAGUUGCACAAGCACCACUGGGAACUUUGAUUUCUCCCAUGGGAGACCAUGAACGAUUGGUGGAAGUUACCUAG